AUGCUUCUCACCCAGACAAGUCAAAGCAACUACGAAGAUCUGUGCAGAUUGGACGUCUUGGGAUUGCGUGAUAUAGCAGAUCAUGACCAGUCGAUGGUAUUUGAUGAGUUUAAGGAACGCCUAACGCGCUCGCCAGAAGGCUGGUACGAGACCACCCUCCCAUGGAAAGUUAACCACGCAGAACUGCCCUCAAACAAGGAAGGUAGCUUAAAACGACUCAAGAACCUCAGUAGAAAACUUCAACGCGAGGGACUGACGGCUCAAUACGACGCGAUAAUUCAAGAACAGCUGGCAGAAGGCGUUAUCGAAAAGGCACCCCCUGUUUCACAGCCACAGAAAGAGUUUUACAUCCCUCACAAGAGCGUGAUUCGCAAGUCCGCUGAAACUACAAAGAUGCGGAUCGUCUAUGACGCCUCAGCCCGAGCGACACCCGAUUCACCAUCACUGAAUGACUGUCUGUACCCAGGGCCUGCGCUGCAAAACAAACUAUGGGACGUUCUAAUUCAGAAGAGAGCCUACCCAGUUGUCCUAGCGGGAGACAUUAAGAAAGCCUUCUUACAAAUCCGGAUUCACGAGAGUGAACGAGAUGCCCUCCGUUUUCACUGGCAGACAGAUUCGGACUCAGAAGUGCAGACAUUCCGGUUCACGAGAGUACUCUUUGGGCUCGCCCCCUCACCCUUUCUAUUAAGUGGGGUUCUUGAAUGCCAUCUCGAUACCUGGGCGGAGAAAUACCCGGAGGAGGUAGAGCGGCUACGCCGAAGUUUCUACGUAGACGACCUGUUGACAGGCGGUCAAGACGUACAGCAAGCAAAAGCACGAAAGGAGGUGACGCAAAAAAUUAUGAAGGACGCCACAUUUGAGUUACACAAAUGGCACUCAAAUCAUGCACAGCUGGAAGAUGACACCCAACCUGCACAAGGAGAGGAAGUUGCCCAGCCUACUUUACGUAAAAACAGCGCCCAAGCCACAUCAAGCGAAGAUCAGUCUUAUGCAAAACAACAGUUACUAGUCAAGCCAAGUGAGUCAAAGCUAUUGGGCGUAAAAUGGGACAAAUUUGAAGAUAUUAUCGCCGUGCAGUUCCCAAGCGCGAGUAGUGCACCGACAAAACGUGAAGUACUGGCCAAACUAGCGAAAGCGUACGACCCCCUUGGCUUAGCGUCCCCCAUUACACUGCAAGGGAAGCAAAUCUACCGAGAAGCGUGCGACUGCAAAGUAUCAUGGGACGCACCUAUCCCAGAGAAUCUGAAAAUACGCUGGCAAAGGUGGGAGCAGUCACUUCCGGCGGAAGUAACCACUCGAAGACCCUUAACACCUUAUCAACAACCAGUCAUCUCUGCUGAGCUGCAUGUGUUUGGGGAUGCGUCAACUUAUGGGGUUGGAGCAGUGGUGUAUUCAGUCGUACGCCAAGAUGAUGGAAUCCCUCAAACCCUGGUUGCAGCAAAAGCAAGAUUAGCCAAGAGAGAACUAACCGUCCCCAGGUUGGAGUUAGUCAGCGCUCACAUGGCUACCAAUUUAGUCAUCAACGUAAGAAACGCUCUAAAAGAACUACCCGAACCCAUGAUCUACGGUUGGCUGGACAGCACCGUCACCCUCCACUGGAUUGUAGGAAAUGGUCAGUACCGACAGUUCGUCUCUAACUGCGUGCAAAAAAUAAGACAAUACCCACAGAUCCAGUGGAGACACGUGCCCACUACCGAUAACCCAGCGGACCUGGCGAGUCGAGGAGGCCAGGUAACCAACGCAGAGCUUUGGUGGAAUGGCCCAGCGUGGCUACGUAAUCCUGAAAUGUGGCCAGAGAACCCGGUUACCGUGAAAUCCGAAACCUCAGAAGAAGAGGCAAAAGUCAUCCGAGAAGUGCUAAGCCUAGCAAAUGAGAAACCUGAACAAGAACGGAACGUGUUCGACGAACUCCUAGAACGCCAUGAUUUACGCCGAGCUCUUCGCAUCCAAGCUUGGGUGCGACGGUUCACCACUCACAGGACCAGGCAGAAACUCUACCUCGUUUCCAAUGCAGAUAGAAUUCUCGAAUGUCAUGGAAGAAUUCAAGGAAAAUACCCAGUGUACCUGCCAGCAGACGCCGUGUUUACGAGGAAGCUUGUACAGGGGAUUCAUGUCGAAACCUUACAUGGAGGUGUGGCCCUUACCAUAGCAGCGAUUCGUGAACAGUACUGGAUCCCAACCCUGAGACAGCUAGUGAAGUCUGUGCGAUCUGCUUGUUGGGGCUGUAAACGUUUCAUAGCUUCACCCUUAACAGUACCACCCCCUAGACCACUGCCUACAGACCGCACAGAUGGUGGAACAGCCUUCGAAGUUAUUGGCACGGAUUUUGCUGGUCCUAUCAAGUACAAACAACGCAAGAAGGGCGAGGAGAAAGCUUACUUGGUUAUCUUCACGUGUAGCCUGUCCAGAGCCGUGCACCUAGAAUUAUUGUCUAGUCUAGAGACAAGCAAUUUUAUUACCUGUCUUAAACGUCUCAUCGCUCGCCGCGGCAGACCGCGCGUUAUCUACUCAGACAAUGGAGGCACCUUUAUCAAGGCUGCGAAAUGGCUUCGCCAAUUGCGAGGAGAUGAGCGCCUCCAAAGUCUCCUUGAAGAUUACGACAUAACCUGGAAAUUUAACUUAAGCCGGGCUCCUUGGUGGGGAGGACAAUUCGAGCGGUUGAUUGGAGUCGUAAAGUCCGCCAUGUACAAAGUCAUUGGGGGAGGUGUACUUACCUGGACUGAGCUGAGGGAGGUACUGCUCGACGUGGAAACACAAAUCAAUCGACGUCCAUUAAGUUAUGUAGAAGAUGAUGUCGAGCUACCAACACUUACACCGUCAACAUUCCUGUUUCAGCGAACUAGUCAGCUGCCAGAAGAGAAAACAGGGAGGAUCAAAGACCUGGACCUACGCAAACGUGCUAAAUACCUCAGGAACUGCAAGAACAAUCUCUGGAGGUGGUGGCAGAGAGAAUAUUUAACAGCUUUAAGGGAGCGGCACAACCUGACACACAAAGCGGCCAAAUUUCAGCCAAAUGUUGGAGAUGUUGUAAUUAUAAAGACCGAAAACAAGAAUCGUGGGAGUUGGCCACUGGCGAUAGUAAACAAAACCUAUCCCGGGAAGGACGGAAUCAUCCGCGCAGUUCAACUCAAGACAGCAAACGGCAUGUUAGAGAGGCCUGUUCAACACCUGUACCCUCUUGAGCUAAACUGCGACCAGGCUUUUGAGACACAUGCAGACACUCCCACAGCAGAUUUGAACCCAAACGCACUAGUUUUCAGGCCGAGACGGGAUGUUGCAGUUGCUGCCAGAGCCCGAAUCCAGGACCUUGCCGAAGAUGAACAAUGA